UAUAAUGCCCGGCCUCUUUGCCACGUUGAAAUACGUACGAUACUCACGGAAUCACUGCUUGCUCCUUAAACAUUCCCGUUUCUCAAUCAUGAAAGUAUUGAGUGUAAUUUGCUUAGCCAUUUUGGCUUUAACAAAUGCUGCUGAUGUCAAAGAAGAAGAAGACGUACUUGUCUUGGGCAACGACAAUUUUGAUUCGGUUAUAGAAAGCACCAAGUUCAUUCUUGUGGAAUUCUAUGCCCCAUGGUGUGGUCACUGCAAAGCUCUUGCCCCAGAAUAUGCCAAGGCUGCCAAAGCACUCAAGGAAGAGGGUUCUGAUAUUAAGCUCGGCAAACUUGAUGCCACAGUUGAGACUAGUGUGGCUGAGAAGUUUGAGAUCAGAGGUUACCCCACCCUCAAGUUCUUCAGAGACGGGAAGCCAGUUGAAUACCAAGGUGGCCGAACAUCUACCGAAAUUGUCAACUGGUUAAAGAAGAAGACUGGUCCACCAGCCAAGGCCCUCUCUGGUGUGGAAGAGACUAAAGAGUUCAUUGGUGCUCAGGAAGUUGCUGUUGUUGGAUUCUUCAAGGAUCAAGAGAGUGAGGGUGCCAAAGCUUUUCUGGAGACUGCUGCCUCAAUGGAUGAUGUCGUCUUUGGAAUCACCAGCGAUGAUGCUGUCUUUACUGACCUUAAAGUAGAGAAAGAUAAUGUUGUUUUGUUUAAAAAGUUUGACGAAGGUCGCAAUAACUUUGAAGGUGAACUGAAAGCAGAAGCCAUCAAGACCUUCAUCCAGGGCAACCAACUCCCUCUGGUCGUCGAAUUCACACAGGAAUCUGCACAAAAGAUCUUUGGUGGGGAAAUAAAGAACCAUAUCCUUAUGUUCAUCAACAAGAAGGCUGGAGACUUUGGACAGAAGUUAGAAGAGUUUAGGGAAGCAGCAUCUGGUUUCAAGGGGAAGGUCCUUUUCAUCUGGAUUGAUACAGACCAAGAUGAUAAUGUUAGAAUCCUGGAAUUCUUUGGUUUGACUACUGCUGAUGUGCCAGCUAUCCGUCUUAUCUCCCUUGGUGAUGAUAUGGUCAAAUACAAGCCAGCUGACCGUAAUAUGGACAGAGAUACUGUCAAGACAUUUGUUCAAGACUUUUUGGAUGGCAAACUUAAGCCUCAUUUGAUGUCUGAGGAAGUGCCAGAGGAUUGGGACAAAAACCCAGUCAAGGUUCUUGUAGGAUCCAACUUUGCAGAGGUUGCCAAAGAUAAGACAAAGGGUGUUUUUGUUGAAUUCUAUGCCCCAUGGUGCGGACACUGCAAACAGUUAGCUCCUAUCUGGGACAAACUAGGAGAACAUUUCAAGGAUAAUGCUGAUGUUGUAGUAGCAAAGAUGGAUUCCACCAAGAAUGAGUUGGAAGACAUCAAAAUUCAGAGUUUCCCAACUCUUAAAUACUUCCCUAAGGAUAGUGAUGAGGUUGUUGAUUAUUCUGGGGAACGAACAUUAGAAGCCCUCACUAAAUUCCUUGAAAGUGGUGGCAAGGAAGGCAAUGGCCCAACUGAAGAGGAGUUAGCUGCUCAAGAAGAAAUGCUCAAAGACCUUGAUGGGCAGGAUGUAGAUGAACAAAUUGAUGAAGAGUUCGAGCCUGAAGAGCAAGAGGAACUUGAGAAGCAAGCUGAGGGUGAAGCAAAGAAAGAAGAAGCCAAGAAGGAUGAGUUGUAAUCAAACAAUUAUUCCAAUAGUAUGAGAUGUAUAUAGUCACAACCAGGCAAAACAGUACUAUACCUUGAUUGGCUCAAAACAAGUUGUGAUGUAGUUAUGCCAUAUUUCCCAUCAUAAUGGUGCUACAGUGUGUGCAGUAAAAUGCUGAAUUCUGUAUUGCCUUGGUAACUUGCCUUUAAAAUGGACGACUUGGAUGAGUUCGAAUCUGAGUAUACCAUCUAAUUGAUUGUGUGAAGUAACUCACAUUUUAUUAUCUCUGUUGUAAAAAGACCAGACCUUCAGCUUAUAUUGUAUGAAAUACACCAACAACUUGUUGCAAGUCAUCCAGUAAAUGAAAGCUUUGAACCAUUCUUGGAUACCAAGGCCUGCUUUAUACCAAAAGUCACACCUUUAGGAAUAUAGUUAUAUAUAGAUUAAUGCUGUUAUUAAAAAACAGAUAUUACAAAUGCAUUAUGUGACACUUAUUUAUAGUUAAAAUGAUACAUUUAAUAAAUGGUUACAUCUGUUCAUGUCUUCAACUAUUAGAGAUUAUUUUUUUAACUCAGAAAACUAAUGUUUUCUGCGUUGCUUAUUGCAAAGUUGAAUUUUGCUAUUGUAAGAAUUCCAAGUUUUAUUUAGUUGGAUUUUUACUUUUACAGUACAUUCAGACAUUUUCAGCCACAAGUCCAUUAUGUUAAGGACCAUGUGCAUUCUGUAAUAAGUACUCUUUACAGAAAGUUCAAAUAAAAUAAUAAUUUAAAGAG